AUGCCAUUGUCUGCAACAUACACCCUAGGUUUCAUCCGGUGCCCCCAAAACAACAAGAUCCUUCUUUUGAACAGAAACAAACCACCAUGGAUGGGUAAAUGGAACGGUGUAGGAGGCAAGAUUGAAGAAAAUGAAGAACCUAUCCGAGCAAUGGAACGAGAAGCCAAUGAAGAAACAGGAUUAGACUUGGCCAAUUUUGUCAACCGCGGUGUUUUAACAUGGGAAAUACAUUUGGAUAGUGUUCCACAGAGUACCACACAGAGUACUACGCAGAGUACUACGCAGAGUACUACGCAGAGUAAAGAAAGUUCACCUAAUGCACCACCACUGAGAACAUCUAGUGGUGUAUUCCAAAAAGCGAAAGCAUUAGCAGAGGAAAAGUUUAAACAUAAAACCCCCCAUGAUAAUGAACCGAAAGUACAAGGAACACACGUCCCCGUGCUGGGUGGAUUGUAUUUGUUUACCGCUGAUGUCUCCAUCGAACAAUUUGAAAACUACCAUUCUCCUUUGAUAUACGACAGUGAAGGUAUCUUAGAUUGGAAAGAUUUGGACUGGAUCUUGCAUGAAUUUAAUUAUGGCGUUGUGGAUAAUGUUAAGUUGAUUUUAAAGACGUUGUUUGACGCUAGAGAACAAGAUUGGUACAAAGUGGUGUAUAAUGGGACUGAUUUGGUUGAGUUUGAUUAUUUGCCUGAUCAAAACCCGUUGGUGCGACAGCAACAACAGCGACAGCAAAGCCCUCAACUGUUGUUGCUGAAGCAGCUGGAACCGCUGGAACUGCUUGAAUCGGGGUUGCAACUGUCGGUGGUGCAACAACAAUGA